AUGUAUUUGGAUAACUGGUAUCUUUAGUAAUUGAUAUUUGACAUUAUAGCUUUAAUUACAUAAUUAAAUAAUUAUUAAUAUUAUCAAAGAACACAAAAACAUUAAAUGAAAAAAAUUCACGCAUUUUUGAUUUUCUCUACUUGUAAUAUGUUUGUUUCAAUGUGUGGAUCUCUUAUUACUCCAUUCUUUCCACCAUAUGCUAAACGGAAAGGAAUAUCCUAGACUGUAUUGGGAUUAAUUGUUGCUGCUGGUCCAUUAGGUGGUCUUUUGGCUUCAAUUAUAAUAGCAAAAACAUUGAAUCAUGUAUUAAUUUAAUAUAUAUAUAUAGAGAAAUAGAAACAAAUUCAUUUUAAUUGGAGUAUUAGGAGAACCCAUUAGUUUGCUAUUUUUUUCAAUGACUGAUAUUUUUGAAGAUAAGAUUCCAAUAAUAAUUAUAGCAACAAUCGGCAGAUUUAUAGGAGGAAUAGUAUUGAAUAAUUUUAUAUUUAAAGGGUACUUCUUUAUUUUUAACCCCAUUUUUUGGAUAUAUUCCAAUUUUAUACCCUAAAGAUGUUGAAAAAAAAGUGAGUAUAAGUGAAGCUUUUAGUAGCGUAGGAUUUUUUGCAGGACCAGCAUUAGGAUCAGGUUUAUAUGCUUUAGGAGGAUACUUGACUCCAUUUUUAGUGUUUAGUUCAUUUGGUUUUAUCUCAUUACCCUUUUUAUAUGCAGCAUUGUAAGCUGUAGGGCCAAAAAAAUAUUAGGUGGAAAUUUAAAGAUAAAUUGAAGAAAUACAAGAAACCAAGAAGUUGGAUGAAUACAGGCAAACAAUUUAAGGAACAGAAUUAUUAGAUGGAGAGGAGAAAUUAACUCUCUUGACUUUAAUUAAACAUUAUCCAGUAGUUGUUAUUUUUUGGGUGAUCACUCUAGUUAACAUUUGUAUGACAUAUUUCCAACCGAUUUUAUCAAUCUAUUUUACUGAAACCUAUAAUUUUGAUGAGGGCUAAAUAGGUUUUAUUAUGACAAUUGUUUCACUUGCAUAUACUCUUGGAUGUUAUCUUUGUGGAUACAAUAAAUAAUAUAAAAGAGAAGUAAUUUUAGAUUUUUAAUUCAUAUUAGAUGGCAUGUAUUUGUUUGUUUUUCUUUGGAUGUUCCUAUUUUUUAGCAGGCCCAGAUACAGACUUUAUUUAAGUCCCCCAUAAACUUUGGAUAGCAUUGGCUGCAUAAUUUUUAUUAGGAGUUUUAAGUGGUCCUGCUUAUGUUCCUUCUUUACCUGUCUUAAAUGAAUUCUUAUUAUUUCACUAUCCAAUUUAAACUAUAAGGGUAGCCACCUAUUCUUCUGCAUUGUACCUAUUGUUUUUAUAUUAUUUUAGAUUGACAAGUGGAAUGUUUAUUGGUUAAUUAACUGGACCUAUCGUUGCAGGUAUUCUUGGAGAUGAAUAUGGAUUUGAAAGAGCUUGUAGUAUUUUAGGAAUCAUAAUUAUUGUUACAUCUUUUAUCUAUAUUCCUAUCAUUUUUAUGAAAUCUAAAAAAGAAAAACCCAAUGAAUUGUUAAAAUGA